AUGAAUAGCCAAGAAGUCUCGGACAGUUCUCUUGACGGGGAUGACAGCACAGUUUCGUCAAAGAGCAACCGGAAUAGGCUGUUUGAUGAUGUGAAUGGAGACGGCAAUACUGGGGGAAGUUCUCAUCAAGUAGCUGAUUUCUCGGAUAUGCCAAGUCUGGCGUCUUAUAGAGGAGAUGAAGUCAGUCUUGCGUCUACUUUGUGGACGGAUUGCGAUCAGUCACUUCCCAGUCUUUCAUCUUAUCGAACGAAAGAUAUGAGUGUUGCUUCUGGGUCUACUAGAAGAAACAAUCGUGACAAACCUAGAAUCAAUGAUAACGACAGCGAUGGAUCUGGCACGGAACGGACGAGGGGGAAUAUAAGCACCUCCGAUAGACUGCAGCCUCCUGCUCCUAUUGAAUCAACUGGUGAGGAAGGGGGUCAGAAUGCAAAACCCUUUUCUUCCUCUUCUUCACGAGAUGAGGAUCCUCCAAAUGCUGCAGCUCUGCAGAGGGGAGGCGAUAGUAUGCCUCGAUUGCCAACUAGAAGGUCGAUGGAUGACUCAGUACGGAGUGGAAGUAGACGAUCUGAAUCAGACUCUGAAUCUGAUAUGACAGACGACUCUCCUGAUGUUUCCAUUGAUACGGACGAAGAAAACGAUGAUGAGGUAGAGCCAGCACAUGGACCGAGUCACAUUGUCACGCCGCCAACGAGACAGCUGAGUCCGCAGUCUCCAAAGUCACCACUUAGAGUUAAUGGUGUCUUGCCGGACAUGGCGAAUCCACCUCUACGAGUGGAGGAUGGAAACAGUGAGCCAGCUACAGAAAGUGAGAAAUCAAAGAGGCCGGCCUCAGAGAAUCCGGAAGCUGGUGUGGCACCAGAAGAAGUUGAACCACCAGCAAUCAUUGCAACGCCUCCUGCAACCGGCAAACAUUCAAAAAGUGCAAAACGAAGUCCCAAGAAGAGUCCUAGAAAGAAAAAAGUCAAGGACAAAGAAAAAGACAAGGAUGGUACGCAACCUCACUCUGAAAUCGGAUCCCCUGGGAUCGUUGAAGAAAAAGGACAGAAGAAGUGGCGGAAAAAGAGAUCAACCCAAGAUGCUAAUAAAAUACAAAAAACUCCUGAUCGAUCGGCUUCUGGUAAUGAUACCACUAGGUUUUUCGGAAAGAAGAAUCAAAGUGACAGAUCACUUGGUGUCAGAAGGGCCAAUUCUGAGAUGGCAUCUGUCCUCGAUUCCAUCAAACCCGAAGAGGAAAAGAAGCGAGGAAUUUUGAAACGAUUUUCGAGCUCAUUGAAACAGAUGGUUCGACCAAGUAGAACAUUAUCUGGUACUCUUGGACAUAUGGCGAAAAUACCGUCAGGAGGGAAGAAACGAUCAAAGUUAAAAAAGUUGUCGACAAAUUCUGAGAAACCAAAGGCGGCAAAUACAUAG